AUGGGCACCCAUAAUAGGGGAGCAUUGGGGGAGAAUUGGUUCUCAAAACGACUGGUACUGGCGUAUGUUAUAGAUUGGGCCUUCAUUAUAUUUAUUGGAGUGUUGGGCCGUAUCAUGAAGUUGAUCGAGCCGAACCGGAGACCUUUCAGCCUGACUGACCAGAGCAUAUCCUACCCGUUUGCUAGACACGAGAGAGUGCCGGUCGUUCAUCUCCUCAUCGCCAGUCUUUUCGUUCCCGCCGCCACAAUCGCGCUUUUUAGCCUUGUUCUCGUUCCUGCUCCCACAGGUCAUCGUAUUUUUGGUGCAGACUCAUGGCGGCGCAAGUUCUGGGAAUGGAAUGCUGGCUGGAUGGGGCUGGGCGUUGCCUAUAAUUUUACAUACACCGUGACGGAGGCGAUGAAGGUUAUGUUCGGCAAGCCACGGCCAGACCUUCUGGAUAGAUGCAAUCCAAACAUAUCCAAUAUCACAUCUCAUGUUAUUGGGGGCUUAGGUGGGAAAAUAACUGGUGCACCUUCACUCGUGGCUUGGACUAUCUGUCAGAACCAGACGAAACGGCUCUCGCAGGAUGGAUUUGUUAGCUUUCCUAGUGGACAUGCUUCCAUGUCUUUCGCCGGGUUAACAUACCUGGCUCUCUGGCUGUGUGCUAAGUUCGCCGUCUCAAUUCCAUAUCUCUCUUCUAGUCGCUCCUCUUCAUCGCGUCGCCCAUUUCACGCCUUUGAAGAAUCAACAUCAGUUCCCUCCACCGUCCCUCUUCGUGACCAGGGUGCAGCACCGCCCCUAUACCUCUUAACUCUUCUUUUUGCACCUAUCAUGGCGGCAACAUACAUUGCCUCUAGCCGCUGGGUCGACAACCGUCAUUUCGGGUUCGAUCUGAUAAUUGGCUCUUUGCUAGGCAUUGGAUUCGCCUGGUUUGGAUUUCGCUUGUUUCAUCUGCCACUGGACUCGGGCCAGGGGUGGGCAUUGGCCCCCAGGAAUAAGCAUCGGGCAUUUUUUGGAAAUAUUGAUGAUACUUCCUAUGGGGAAGGUGAGGAUGUGUUGGAUAGCGGCCAUCUGCGUCAUCACUCACUUCACUCUUCCAUUGAACAAAACGAACAUGAAAUGCUACCAGCCUCGGAAGCGCGGCUUGACGAACAUGUUCGCUGA